CAUUGACAGCCAUGGCCGCUUCCAUUGAGAGCUUCCUGGAGGAGCUCUCCGGUGUUGGAGACCCAAUCGAAGAGCUACAGAGUUUAAAAACGGCUUUGUUGUCGAUACCCCUCAGCGCCUUGAGAGACUCCGUGAGCAGACUGCGAUUCGAUGUGAUAUUCUCUCUGCUAAACUCAAAUCAGAGGGAGCAGGUUGAGCUGUGUGUGGACAUCCUUGAACGCAUCUUAAUGGCCCUCAGCCCUGAGCACCUGGCACAGAACUACCUGGUGGAGCUGCAGGCGGGUCUGAACCAUCCUAAUGAAACUGUUAAGAUACUGGCCUUGACACAGAUUGGCAGAAUUGUGGAGCAUCCCGAUGCUGUCACGAAAAUCCUCAACAACCACGACACUCUUGGAGCGGUGAUCCACUGCAUCGCUGAGGAGAAAAUGGCUGUGGCAAAAGAGGCCAUUCAGUCCCUGUCUAAACUGAGUCACUCCAAGCCUGGAUUAGACAAAUUGUUCCAGAGCGACCUGCUGAAAGUCAUGAAGGAUGUGAUGGCCACAAGUGACAUAGUCAGAUAUAGAUUAUACGAGCUGGUGGUGGAAAUCUCGUCUCUUUCUCCCAUUUCCCUGAGUUACUGCGCCAACAGCGGCUUCAUUUCUCAGCUCCUCAAUGAACUGACGGGAGACGACGUUUUGAUCAGGGCCACAGCUAUAGAGAUGGUGACCACUCUAGCCCAUAGUCAGCACGGCCGGCAGUAUUUGGCCCAGCAGGGUAUCAUGGACAAGAUCUCCAACAUGAUCAGAGGAGCAGAGACAGACCCCUUCUCCUCCCUCUACCUGCCUGGUUUGGUGAAGUUCUUUGGGAACCUGGCCAUUAUGGACAGCCCACAGCAGGUUUGCGAAACGUACCCAGCCUUCCAGAACAAGGUGUUUGAGAUGGCUCUGGACCCGGACCCUGUGAUGAUCGGGGUGGCUCUGGACACUUUGGGCUUACUCGGUUCAACUGUGGAGGGAAAGCAGGUCCUGCAGAAAACAGGAGAAAAGUUCAAGGCCGUGUUGUUAAGAAUGAGCCAUCUUGCCAGCUCUGGAGCUACGGAGCUCCGAGUGCGCAGCUUAGAUGCCAUUUCACAAAUUCUCACUCUACAGCCAGAGCAGCAGACAGAAGAUCUUUUGGCCCUGACAGAGUCCUGGUUCCUCCUUUUGUCUAAGCAGCCCAUGGACAUGAUUCGCAAUAUCAGCACUCAGCCGUUCCCAGAGUUGCAUUGUGGGGCUCUGCGGAUAUUCACUGUCAUUGCCACUCAGCCAUGGGGUCAGAAGUUAAUGAUCAGCACUCCCGGAUUCAUGGAGUUCAUUUUGGAUCGUUCAUCGGGUCAGACUAAGGAGGCCAAAGAUGCCAAGUUUGAACUGGUGGGGUCACUUGUGUCUUCAUCAACAGCAGCAGAGAUACUGGGCAGCCAGCAUUACAUCUGUCUGAAAACAUACCUCAGAGAGGGACCUUACUAUGUUUCAGCUGUGGCCUCAGUCAGCACAGAAGGAGCAGACUGAUUCAAACAAACACAGGUACACCUCAUGGGUUUCUAGUGAAUGCUUAAGUGAUGGGUAAGUGCCUGGAUAACCUAACCAUGAGUUAACAUAUUGUACUCUGCUAUAAUAAACCAACUCUCUGAAAAAUACGUCAGUAGUUUUAACGAAUCAGGACAUCAUCUAUCCUCAGAGUAAAGGUAAGACAUGUAAAAUGGGUAUAGGUAAAGUGUUCAAACAUAAUCGCUCUGUGUUCAGUCUAGUUAAUUUGGCAACUACCCUUAAAUAAAUGGCAGGUUCUGGUGAACAGCCCGUUUUCUAAGUCAUAUUUAGUUGCCACAAAUAUGGAAUAAAAUUGCUAAAGUGACAAGUAAAAUAUUGAAAUAUCAGAAAGUAAAAGGGACAAAGUCACCUCAAAUAAUUUUUAUAAGUAGUUGUUCAUUAAAGGCGCACUCCAGCGUUUUAUACAUCAAGUUCAGUUGAUGUAUUUCACAAGGAGAACUCCACAGGCUGUUAUGUAAUGUCAUCAGGGUUGUCUCGGUUUGGGCUUAGAGACUGCAAAUUUUAUAAUAGAAAGCCUGCAUUACAAAUUUGGGGCGUUAAGUUUGGAGGACUUGGGCAAUUCGACGACAGGGGGGUUCUAAUGAAAGAUGCUGUUGAGAUGCGUUUUGGGAAAUGUAGGAUCGAGUGUUUGUGGAGCUUGACCCAUAUUAAAGACUAAAGGUCAGGAUAUCUCAGAAUUUGAUGCUUUGGUUAUGGCUAUUUAAAAAAUAAAAAUAAAUCUUGUCUCUUAUGAGUCCCCCAAUUUUAUGUAAAUGCAACACUAAAUUUCCUGAGUAUCCCUUUAACGGUAGGGGCCACCUUAAAAUUAUUGCAACACUCUUGAAACGAUGAAUUUCCAUAAUGGACAGGUGCUAAACCUCCACACACAAAUGCAUCAAACUUGGUGCCAUAAUGAUGGCAGCAGAGAAAUGUUAGUUAAUGUGUCUUUACCAACUACUUGGGCAAUAAUUAAGGAGCCUUUUAGAUGUAACUGGUUCACUAUCCAGGCACUAACACAAAAAAAUCCACAUCAUCAUAUACAGUAUCCUUCUAGUAAAACUGAACUCGACCAAAAGCUUCAUUAAUCAAACCCCUGCUUCAAUAAUUCCUGAGACAUUGAUUACAUUUUUUUGUGUCAAAAUAUCUUUGUUUAUUGAAUA